AUGUUUGUAAAUGAAUGCAUCGAGUCACGGCGAGGUUUUACAUUUUUCUCCCCUUCAGUUUUCCUAGUUGCCAGUGUAAGUAGAUGGCUUUAUAUUCUGACAUGUUUUUCAGGUGCUGCAACUGCUGUUUCUACAAAUGAUUUAAUGGAACAGUUGCGUUUAAAGUACCAACAUAAACCAUGGACUGAAACUAUGAAACUUGUGCAUUUUUGCAUGGAUAAGCCACUUCAACAGCCUGUCAGUAACGCUCCAGAUGGUCCAUUGCGCUCUUGCUUGGAGAAGAUACAGAGGACAUUAAAUGCUAAAUCUUUGUUUUCUGUGAUGAACAGAUUGGAAUCUUUAUCCAAACAAAAUGGGCUUAAUGCUUACAUUAGCCCCAGUGGGACUACCUGCUAUAUGUCAUCAAACAUGUUUUAUAUAGAAAUUCAUCUGGAGAAGGAUGGAAAGGUGGUGGAUGUCAAGUUGGCUCACCUUGGAGAGGCUCCUGUGGUUUGUGACGACUUGGUGCAGCACCUAAGGAUGAAGAACUAUGAUGCCUUUGGAAAGAUUCUAGAAGACUUGUCAAGUCUAUAUCAAACUCCAGGAAACAGAGAAAUGAAGGCUAAGGGAUACCUUGCUUUGCGGGCCCUUGAAAAAGAUAUUUAUUCAAUGUCUCUUCUAGACAGAAUGCAGGAUGUAAACAGAAUUACUGAAGUACUUCAUGGAAAAGUAGGACACCUGGUGCCAAGAACAGGAGGAACUCCAAUGGUCAUUGAAUUUUACAUUUCUCCUUAUCAAGUCUUGGAAGCAGAACUAAAUCCUGGUUCCCAAGUAUGUGGAACAAAAGCAGUUGUAACUGUUGAAGGCACAGAUACACUCCAUAGGCUUUCUCUUUCUCCACUGCUUGUAGAUUCUCAAACUGGAGAGGAUAGCAUACCUGCUUUUUUGCCACUGACUGAUGAACUCAGCAUGGAUUUGUCAGCUUUUUUUGUGAUGAAGUUUCACCAGCCUAUUCCUAUGUCCUCAUCCAAUAUUGAAGAGAUACAGAGGCUCACAGGAAUCCAGAUUACUGGCUUGAAAGCAGCUCCUCUCUAUGAGCUGAUAGUUCAGUCCACCCUUGAAGAAAAAUGCAGUGAAGGCUUGUCUACACAUCAGUCCUGUUUCUUUGUGUCUCUUCCAGAUUGCCCAAAGCACUGUUACUUCAUAAACAAGGGCUCAGGAAAAGCAGAUUUAGCAGGAGCCUUGGUUGCUAAAAUCCCAUUUAGUCACCCGAAGUGUGUACCUGGCAUAAUAGAGAUUCUUCGACAUCAGGUGGCACAUAACAGCCUUAUUAGCAGCUGUGUCUCAGAGAGGCAUAUCAAUGAAGAUGACUCAGAACUGCUUUACUUUGAAGUGGUACCACACAAGAGCACCAGCUUUUCUGUCUUUUUCCUUCAUCCUAUGAAAGAGAAUUUAGCCUGUGUGGCAAUUGAUGUUGUAACUUCCAGAGAAGUCCAGUGCCACCUUCAUUUACAUCCUCAGGAUCCAACUCUAAAUGCUAGUGAUGACUUUAUAGCAAGAGCUGUGAAGCGCUGCAUGUCAGUCCCAGUUGUCAUGAGAGCUAUUUUCAGGAAUGCUGCCAAGGUGAAAGCUGAUUCACAAGCUUGAAACACAAGACAUGGAAGCAGAAACAACACAAACACCCAACCAACCACCACAGCCAAUUACAGAUUCUAAGUUUUGAAGAAAGUCUUUCUGCUGCUGGUCAGCAAGAUUUUUGCAGUGGUAGAUAAGUCAGGUAUGAUUCUAUUAUAGGCAGCCUCAAAGGAAAAUUUCUUCACAGCCUAACUGGAAACACUGGAUGAUAAUAUGGAAAAAACAACUCCCCAGUAAGCACAGAAACUUUGUGCAGAGUGGAGUGAAAUAAUUCCACUGCUAGUACAGAAGCUGUUAUGACAGAUAAGAAAAACAGUCUAUUGUUUAAUAAUCAAAUAAGAAAGAAGAAGUUUUCCCUGGCAUAAAUUACUUUUGCAGAUGUAGCUGGAGAGAACUUGGCAAGCUGUCUACUUAGUAACUUGUGAAUGGAGUUUCCUCUUUACAUGCUAUUAAAUACACAGAUGUAAUACUCCUGAAUUUGCAGUUUGAAACUCCCAAAUUUGGAAAGUCUAAUGCUGCUCUAGUAACCAUUUUUUUUUCCUGUACCAUAUUCUACCAGAGUAUAAAGGAAAUUUCUGUCUAACGUAGGUGUUAAAAGCUACAACAUAGCAUGUGUGCUUGUAGAAUUAUUUAUCUGUCAGCAUUACAGGAAAUAAACUGAGAAAGUUGUUUGAACCAUU